AAUUGUGAUAUCACUGAUAUGAUAUAACCUGUUGUUGGUCUCACUCUCACUCACCGGCAGCCCAAACCGCCGCAAAAUGGCCGCCACCAUUUCGAACCUGACCAACACUCUGCCACUUCACCUCCGCAAGCUUCGACCAUCAUCUCACCGUCUUUCUCUCUCCACACUCGCUUGCUCUCUCCCCGAACCCACCACCACCACCGAAACCACCACCACCACCGCCGCCACCACCAGUUCCUAUUUCCCAAAGCGUGGCCAGACCCUGGAGCUGGUGUGCGAGUCACUCGCUUUCAAAGGCAAGGGCCUCUGCAAGGUCACUGAAACCGGCUUCGUCGUCAUGUGCGACCGUGCCCUUCCCGGCGAGCGCUUCAUUGGCCGUGUCACCCGCAAGAAGGGCAAUUAUGCUGAGGUUACUAAGGUGAAGACCUUAACUCCUCCCCGUGAUGUUGUUGAUGCUCCUUGUGUCUAUGCUCCUUACUGUGGGGGAUGCAAGACUCAGAAUUUGUCUUAUGAAGCUCAACUCAGUGCUAAGGAGGAGCAGGUCCGCGACUUAAUUAUACAUGUGGGGAAGUUUUCUAUCAAGGAACUGGAAUUGCAUGGCAUUAUGAAGCCCAUUGUUCGUUGUGAUAUUCAGUUUCAUUAUAGAAAUAAGAUGGAAUUCUCAUUUGGUCCACAGAGAUGGUUGCCUAAAGAAUCCCUUCAUGAAAGACGUGAGGAUGCUGGUAGUGAAAAUUAUGCAUUAGGAUUGCAUGCUCCCGGCUUUUUUGAUAAAGUUCUAAAUGUUGACAAAUGCUUACUGCAAACUGAUCCCGCUAACAAGGUACUUGCAGCUAUUCAAGAAUGUUGGAGAGAUCCACAACUUGGUUUAUCUCCCUAUAAUGUUUAUUCACACUUAGGAUUUCUUAAGCAUUUGAUGCUGAGAUCUGGAAGGGAUGUAACAACUGAUCUUCCUGAACUUAUGGUCAACUUUGUGACCUCUUCCUACAAGCCAGAGCUGCUGAAGCCCCUAGUUGAUAAAGUUUCUGCGUUUCCUGAAGUGGUAAGCAUCAUGAAUAAUGUAAAUACUUCUGUUGGUAACACAUCUGUCGGGGAGGAAGAGUACACUUUGUAUGGGAAAUCUAACAUUACCGAGACCUUAAGAGGGCUUACAUUCCAAAUAUCAGCAAACUCUUUCUUUCAAACAAAUACCUCUCAGGCAGAGGUUUUGUAUAAGCUUAUAGAAGAAUGUGCUGGUGUCAGAGGAGAUGGCUCAGAAAUUGUCCUUGACCUUUUUUGUGGGACCGGCACCAUAGGUCUGACACUUGCAAGAAGUGCAAGACAUGUUUAUGGCUAUGAAGUAGUUCCUCAAGCUAUCGCUGAUGCCCGUCUCAAUGCCAAAAUAAAUGGUAUACAAAAUGCAACAUUUGUCCAGGGGGAUCUCAAUAAAAUUGAUGAGAAUUUUGGGAGGAGUUUUCCUAAACCUGACAUUGUCAUAUCAGAUCCCAAUCGCCCAGGAAUGCACAUGAAGUUGAUUAAAUUCCUGCUAAAUCUUAAGGCCCCUCGAAUAGUGUAUGUGUCGUGUAAUCCCGCCACAUGUGCCCGUGACCUUGAUUAUCUCUGUCAUGGUGUGGCAGAACUGAAUCUGAAAGGAUGUUACAAGUUAUUAAGCCUGCAACCAGUUGACAUGUUUCCGCACACACCUCAUAUUGAGUGUGUUUGCCUUCUGGAGCUUUCUUAAUCUGCGAAUUGUGAUCAAUUAAACCUUUACAUUUCAAGGCUAUAACAAGGUUGACUCAAGAUAUAAUUCAAGGUUGGGUCCUCAAGGUGAUGAUACAUUUAUGCUGCAAGGUGUGACUAAUGCUUAGCCUGCCCAAAACUAUUGCAUCAGUGCUCCCAAAAGGUUGGAAAACACGGAUCAAUGACUACAUUGUUGCAAACUUGUGAAAGUUUCUCAGCUAUUUCUAUUUAUGCAAAGCCACCAACAGGUUGGAUUAAUGCCUAGCCUCGAAAUGUGGAUUACUGUUGAGUGUUGGUAUCCCUCACCAUGUGACAAGUCCAUCAUGAAAUGGAUCAUGUGCUACACUUGUCAGAUCCUUGCUUACUUAAAGAAAGUUGAGGUGCAAAUCCUCAUGGAUUAUUUCAGAUGAGUAUGUAUUAUUCGAUGUGUGCAUAAAUUGAUUGUAUUCAGUUCUUAUCUAGUUCUUCAUAGUUUAUAUAGCUUCAAGACUAAAUGCUGCUGUCAUGUUGGGGAAAGGUGGCUGGAAUAGGCUUCCAAUUCAUUUUGAUUUGUGUAUUGAUAUUGUUAUUCCUGGUUUUGCCUGAGAUCAAAGGGGUACUAGGUUCUAGCUCUGAACCAAUGCAUGAUGAUAUUCAAUAGCUAAUUUAAUCACUAUAUAUAUCGA